AUGGCUUCCAGUGAAGAGUUGCAGGUUGGGAUGAACGGGGCUGCCGCUAAAUCAUCACUCCUCCAGGGACGAGUUGCAUUAGAAGAGGGAGCACCUCUUGAGGAUAUUGCUGAAGAGGAAGAACAACCAGAGGAAGAAGAUGAUGCGGAUAUUGGUAAAGAUGAUGAAAUGGCAGAUUUUAUUGUGGAAGAAGAAGAAUUUGAUGAAACUGGAGCUCCUGUGAGACGUAAGAAGCCAAAACGAAAGAAAUUGAGGCAAGCACCUGGAGUCUCAUCAGCUGCGCUCCAGGAAGCUCAUGAUAUAUUUGGUGACGUUGAUGGUCUCUUGGAUCGUCGCAAGAGAAGCCUCGAGAAGGGUGGAAGAGUUGGUGAAUCUUGUGAAUGGAAGGAAAGAAGGUUGGAAGAUGUAUUUGAACCAUUCAUACUUACAGAGAAGUACAUGACUGAGAAGGAUAAUCAUAUAAGGGAAAUAGAUGUGCCAGAGAGAAAACAGCUAUCCGAGGAAAGCACUGUGCCACCUCCAACUGAUGUACUGAGUAUAGAAGAAGAGAGCACUUGGAUAUACAACCAGCUUUCUACCAAUAUGGUGACCUUGUUCGGGACAAGGACACUUACUGAAGCAAGUAAUGAGGAUGCAUUUAAUAUAUCAAAUAGAAUAAGAAAGGAGGAUAUUAUGCGGUUCUUGGAGAUGCUGCAUGAGCAGAAGUAUGACAUUCCUUUUAUUUCUAUGUAUCGGAAAGAGGCUUGCCCAACUCUGUUGAGAGACCCCUUGCAAGAUGAGGCAGAGGGUGGUGAUGGGGGAAAUGCUGAGAAGAAACAUAGAAUAAAGUGGCACAAGGCACUUUGGUUUAUCAAAGACUUGGACCCGAAAUGGCUGCUUCUGCAGAAGCGGAAGAGUGCUCUUCAGUUAUAUUAUAAUAAGCGUUAUGAAGAGGAAUCUUGGAGGAUAUAUGAUGAAACAAGGCUCUCUUUGAAUCAGCAGCUUUUUGAGUCAAUUACCAAGUCUCUCAAGACUGCGGAAUCAGAAAGAAAGGUUGAUGAUGUUGACUCGAAGUUUAAUCUGCAUUUCCCUCCAGGUGAAGUGGGUGUAGAAGAAGGACAGUUCAAGAGGCCAAAGAGAAAAUCCUUAUAUAGUGCAUGUAAUAAGUCUGGUCUGUGGGAGGUUGCCAGCAAGUUCGGUUAUAAUUCUGAGCAGUUUGGACAGCUUUUGACUUUAGAAAAGAUGGGGUUCGCCAAAGCAAGUGGAGAUCAUGCUCCGCUUCGAGCGGCUCUCGACCGAGAACUAUUCCUUGGACGUCCAAAGGCAAGAAGGCUUAUCGGACGCCCGUGA